AUGGCCUUUAACGCAAGGUCUUGUUGUUUUGCUAGUAGCAACGAGCGGGUUACUUGUAACUGCAAUUGUCUGAAAGAUCAGCCAGUGCCAAGAAUGAAGCAUUCGAAGGAUCCGUUUGAAGCAGCAAUGGAGGAGCAAGAGGAAUCACCUGUUGAAACCGAGCAGACUCUUGAAGGAGAUGAGAGAGCUGUGAAGAAAUGUAAAACGUCCGUUGUUGCUGAAGCGAAGAACAAAGAUGAAGUUGAGUUCACCAAAAACAUAACUGGUGCUGAUCCUGUGACUAGAGCCAACAAGAUGCAGAAGAUUUUAUCACAAUUUACAGAGGAACAAAUGAGCAGAUAUGAAUCUUUCAGAAGAUCUGGUUUUAAGAAAUCAGACAUGGAGAAGUUGGUACAGAGAAUCACAGGGGGUCCGAAGAUGGACGACACUAUGAACAUCGUUGUGCGUGGUAUCGCAAAGAUGUUUGUUGGCGACCUUGUGGAAACAGCUCGAGUUGUUAUGAGGGAAAGGAAGGAAUCAGGACCUAUUAGACCUUGCCAUAUCAGAGAGUCAUAUCGAAGACUAAAGCUCCAAGGAAAAGUGCCUCAAAGAUCAGUUCAACGGCUUUUUCGCUAG